ACAAUGCUUUACAAGGGACAAGAAGUAGACUGGGAUAAGAGAACUGGCACUGUUGAAUUGCAUGGGAUGGCUUACGAGACCUAUUCAACAGGUUGGAGAAGAAGGACAACAGAGACGGGUUCAAAGAUGCACAGGCUGUGAAUCAGGAACCAGAGGAAAGUACACCUGCCAGUGGGGCAAAAAGGAUGGUGUUAGUGUUAUGGCGCUUUGCAAGAGAUGCUUAUGUUGUCAGAGUUGCGCUAGAAAAAGGCAGGAGUGGUAUAGCGAGGACGAACAUGAGGUUUGGCCUAUGGAGAGAGAAUAUGCUGAUAUAUUUGAACAUGGUAGAAUAGCUACUAGAAGUAGACAUACGGAUGGUGUGUAUUUGAGAAUGAGGGUCAGAGCUGACCCUGAAGGAACCAUGCCGGGUCAUAGUAGCUGGGCAACAGUAUGGGGAAUAACGGCUAGGUCAGACGGACUAGUGCUAGGAAUAACCAGAGUUGAUAAUCAGAGUCCGGUUAGGAGCACUAAGAGAAGAGGGACAGGGGUAGAUCCUGGAGAGGGUGUAGUAAAACGCCAAAUGGAUCUACCUCCUGGUCCUCUUCCCCUGUCUUACCCACCAAGGGUAGAGACAGAGAUGACCUCGCCUACUGAAAUACCGGAUUGGGCAAAGCCACCAGAAGACGACUCAAGCCAACCAACUACUGAACCUGACUGGAGGCAGGAAGAAUCACCCUCUGCCUCAAGUGACACCUCUGCAUGGGAACAGCUGAUAGACUCAUUGCUGAUAGAGUAAGGGCACUGUCAUAACCAGAGGCCCAUAUAUGCACUGUAAGAAAAGUGUUUCCUCAUUGUUGCUAGAGUAAUGGGCACUGUCAUAACCAGAGGCCCAUAUAUGCACUGUAAGAAAAGUGUUUCCUCAUUGUUGCUAGAGUAAUGGGCACUGUCAUAACCAGAGGCCCAUAUAUGCACUGUAAGAAAAGUAUUUCCUGUUGUAAGAUAUGUCAUCACCCUCUCUGCUCUGGGGGAAUGGGAGGAGCAGCAGAUCGGGUGCAGAGAAUCAAAAGGUAUAUAAAGAGACAUUUGCCAUUACUUUGGCGCUGACUUCUUGAAUUCUGAAUUCAUUUAGACAACCAUUUGACUUCGGGUAAUUGCCACCUGACUCAAAUUACUUAAAGAUUCUAACUUGUUGGAUCUGAGAAGGGUCUCUCCGUUAUACUGUUUAACUAUUGAACAGCUGUUCUCUCGCCUGUGGCCUUGGUGCUUGUAUACUGACGCGAUUACACCCAGGGCCAGUCUUCGGAUCUGCAACUCUCGGUUGAGCUCAGUACCUAGCCCUAGUUACAUGGCACGGACACUGCGGUAGUUCAACGGCUCUGAGAGUCUCUCUAGUCCUUAAGUUGAUCUCCUGUUAAUACCUACGGUUAUCUGAAUUGACCCUGUCGCCCGCGGCCUUGGUGCUUGUAUACUGACGCGAUUACACCCAGGGCCAGUCUUCGGAUCUGCAACUCUCGGUUGAGCUCAGUACCUAGCCCUAGUCGUGUGACGCAGACUUUUCGAUAUUCCAAUGGGGCAGGGAAUCACCAGCGGGUUCUCUCAUUCAGUCCAAACUUGAAUCUCUCAAUUUAGCAAACCGCCGACUUCAAGUCAACCUUUCAGCCAGUAGAGGGAAGUCGCUACUAACUAAAUUCUAAAAGAACUCUGACCGAUUGAAACUCUGCUCCUGAUCUUGUGGGUCUCCUCGUCAUCUCUCAAAGGUUUUGCCCUUGGAGCCACCAUCCAGUCUAAGACUAAGGGCAUCUGGAUGUGGUGUGUCCCUCAUCCUGAACAAACAGACCACACCCUGGUGCUGCUGGAUACGGAGGGACUGGGGGAUGUGGAGAAGGGGGAUUCUAAGAACGAUGCCUGGAUCUUCUCGCUGGCCAUUCUGUUAAGCAGUACUCUGGUCUACAACAGUCGAGGGACCAUCGACAAUGAUGCUGUGGAGAAGCUUCAAUAUGUGAACGACCUGACAGAGAUGAUCAAGGUGAAGUCUUCCACUGUCGAUGAGGAGGAAGGAGAGGGCACACAGUUUGCGCAGUUCUUUCCUAAUUUUGUGUGGACCGUCAGAGAUUUCACUCUAAAGCUCGAGAUCGACGGCAGAGAAAUCACUCCAGACGAUUAUCUGGAGAAUUCCCUGCAACUCAAGACAGGUACUAGUAAAAAGAUCAAUGACUACAACUUCCCGCGAGAGUGCAUCCGGAACUUCUUCCCAUCACGCAAGUGUUUUGUGUUCCCCUCCCCUACAACUCCUGACAACAUGCACCGACUGGACUCCAUGGACGAGGCUGAGCUUUCUGAACGCUUCAGAGAGGUCGCAGAUACUUUCUGCCGCUUUAUUUUCCAGGAGAGCUGUAUGAAGACUGUUAUAGGAGGACACACAUUGACUGGAGAGAUGUUGGGGCACUUGGUCAACACCUAUGUGGAGACCAUUGCCAAAGGCAAUGUGCCCUGUCUGGAGAAUGCUGUGUUGGCCAUGGCUAAAAUUGAGAACCAGGCUGCUGUGAAUGAGGGCCUGGUGGUGUACCAGAAGGGAAUGGAGGAUGUGAAGGUCUUAUUCCCAGUGGACGUCAAUCAGCUGUCAGAGAACCAUCUUCGCUCAGAGACCCAGGCCACAAAGGCAUUCAUGAAACGAUCCUUCAAAGACAAAGAUGGGGAAUUCUUGAAAGCUCUGGCGGAGGCCAUUGUCAACCACUCCGACGACCUUUUCAAACAGAACAAGGAUGCCUCAGAGAAGAAGUGCAAGGCUCUUCUGGAGAAGCUGUCUGCUCAGAUGGAUCAGGGGAUGAAGGAGGGAACUUACGCCACACCGGGAGGCUAUGAGCUUUACUGCAAUCACCAUGACAACAUAGUGGCACAGUACCGGGCUGAGCCUAACAAAGGAGUCAGGGCUGAGGAGGUUCUGGAGCAGUUCCUGAAGGACAAGAGUACAGAGUCCAACUCCAUCCUGCAAGCUGACAAACAACUGACGGAAAAUGAGAAACAAAUCCAAGCUGAGAAGAAGAAAACAGCUGAGCUGGAGCAGGAGAAGGCAGCAUUCAGGGAGCAACAGGCAGAGAUGGAGCGCACCAUUGAGAACAAUCGCAUUAGCCAGGAGAAGUACUUGAAGGAGAUGAAAGAGAAGAUGGAGGAGGAGAGGAAGCAACAGCAGCAGGAGUUCAACAGGACCCUGGAACGCAGGAUGCAUGAGCAGAAAGAUCUCCUGGAGAAGGGCCAUAAGGAGAAGGCUGAGCUAAUGAGACAAGAGAUCUUGGAGAUUAAGAAGAGGGAUGAAUUGGAAAGGGAGACCAAUACCCAGAAUCAGAAGGUUCUGAUGGAAUUAUUAAAUCAGCAGGCUGUGGGACAGAAAGAACAGAUGGAAAUGUUAAUGAGGGAGCUCAUCAAUAGAUCACAGACCCCUGGACAAGUUGUUGAACGAUUUGUUCCUCAGCCGUCCUGUAUCGUAAUGUGAUCUACUCCACCUUGAAUUCUUGACUAUGAAAAGUAAACUGAUAUUGAGUCUUGAA